AACGUUGGUGUCAGGUGUUCCUCUGCAGUUAGCCGUUUUCUUUUGCUUCUCUCUCUCAAAAAAUCCAAAGUUGAUACCAAUUCUCUUACCUCUUUCUUCUGCUUUUUAUUGCUCUCUCUCUCUCCUUAAAUACAUAAUAAUAACAUACAUUUCAUUUUCACUGUACUUUUAAGAGAGAGAAACAAAGACCCAGAAAUCUUGAUCAUCAUUAGAGACAACACAUUCACAGAGAUUUGAGAGCAAAAGAAUUUUUUGUUUGAAUUUUCUUUGGGAACCCAGAAAAGGGAUAUAAAAAAAGAGGGACCUUGUUUCCUUUUUUUUGUCCUUUCGUUUUUUUUUUUUUUUUUUUGGUUUGGGAUUGAGUAAUGGGAUCAUCUUCAGGGCAAGGCAGUGGCUUUGAUCUCUCAUUCAAGAUCUUGCUGAUCGGUGAUUCUGGGGUUGGUAAAAGCAGUCUUCUUGUCAGUUUCAUUUCCGGUUCUGUUGAGGAUCUUUCUCCCACCAUUGGUGUGGAUUUUAAGAUCAAGCAGCUAACAGUUGAUGGGAAGCGAUUGAAGCUUACAAUUUGGGAUACUGCUGGACAAGAGAGAUUCAGAACAUUAACAAGCUCUUACUAUAGAAAUGCCCAAGGAAUCAUUCUUGUUUAUGAUGUUACACGAAGAGAAACCUUUACAAACUUGUCAGAUAUAUGGGCUAAAGAAGUUGGACUCUACUGUACAAAUAAUGAUUGUGUGAAGAUGCUUGUUGGAAAUAAAGUGGAUGUAGAAUCCGAAGAGGUUGUAAGUAGAGAGGAGGGAAUGGCUCUAGCAAAAGAGCACGGAUGUACAUUUCUUGAAUGUAGUGCUAAAACUAGACAAAACGUGGAGAAGUGUUUUGAGGAACUAGCACUCAAGAUAAUGGAAGUUCCGAGCCUUUUGGAAGAAGGAUCUACUGCAGUGAAGAGAAAUAUUUUAAAGCAGAAACAGGAAAACCAAGCACCGUCUUCUAGAUCCAACGACGGCUGUUGCUCUUCAUAAGCCGCAAGAACGAGGCCUUUCAUUAUAAAAGAAUGACUACAUAUCAAGAAAAGGCCUCAAACAUAGCAUUGCAGAUGGGAUGUACAAUGAGUUCCCACUUAACAAAUCAUGAACACAUCAUGUAUAUGAUAAUUGGUUUCCUUGUUUCUCUUACUGUGUUCUUUUUACUGCUGCGGAGAUGGUCGCAGAGUUGCCGUGCUCACUUGUAUCAAUCAUCAUUCUGAGAAUACAGGCAUUUAAAUAACAGCUAUGAGCUUGUGUAUAUUUGUUAUGCCUUUGUUUUUGUUGGCCAAUAUUCACUGAUGUUGCAAGAACAUAAAUUUAUUAUAUUUUAUUGGUUAAGUUAAUGUGAGUUUUCUGCGAGCUA